AUGUGGCUCUACCUGAUGGGACUCAUAGGUCUGUACUACCUUCUACGCUGGUACCGAGAGAGACAGGUGGUGAGCAACCUUCGAGACAAGUACAUCUUCAUCACGGGCUGUGACUCGGGCUUUGGGAACCUGCUGGCCAGGCAGCUGGACCUGCGAGGUCUGAGGGUGCUGGCUGGGUGUUUGACGGAGCAGGGAGCUGAGCAGCUGAGAAACCAGACAUCAAACAGACUGGAGACAGUGAUUCUGGAUGUCACCCAGACAGAGAACAUCAGUACAGUCACCCAGUGGGUGAAGGAACGUGUGGGGGAUAGAGGUCUCUGGGGUUUGGUGAAUAAUGCUGGCAUCGCUUUACCCUUAGCCCCCAAUGAGUGGAUGACCAAACAGGACUUUAUGAAGAUAUUGGACGUGAACCUGCUGGGGGUGAUCGAGGUGACUCUGAGUCUGCUACCCUUAGUGAGGAAAGCAAAAGGUCGCGUGGUCAAUGUUGCCAGUAUCAUGGGCAGACUGUCCCUUUUGGGCGGAGGCUACUGCAUCUCCAAGUAUGGCGUAGAGGCCUUCUCAGACUCCCUCAGGAGAGAGCUCUUUCCCUUUGGGGUGAAGGUGGCUGUGAUAGAGCCUGGUUUUUUCAAGACUGGGAUCACUGACAAAGAGAAGCAUGUUCAGAAUUUACGGAAGAUAUGGGACCAAACCAGUCCAGAAGUUAAGAAGGCCUAUAACAAAAAGUUCCUGGAUUCCUACAUAAAAUAUACUGGAACCAUGGACAAGAUGUGUGAAUCCAAUUUGUCCCUGGUGACAGACUGCAUGGAACACGCGCUGACGGCCUGCUACCCACGCACCCGGUACUCAGCUGGCUGGGAUGCCAAGCUCGUCUACCUCCCCAUGAGCUACCUGCCCACUGCUCUGGUGGACACUAUGGUCUACUUGAAUUCUCCCAGUCCUGUCAAGGCCCAAUGA